AUGCCUGAAUCCAAAAAAUAUAAUAAGGAAUUAUAUCAGCACUUGAAGGAUUUGUUUGAUUUCAUAGAAGACCAUGAUACAAUUAAAAAAGAAAUUGAAGAGGGUAAGGAGACGAAGGAGCCGGAAAAAAUUAGUACAUAUUGUGAAUAUGUUAAAAAAGCAAUUCCAUUAUAUGAGGCGUUUAAAGGUUUAUGUACAACUCCAGAAAUUAAUAAAUGCACACAUUGUAUUAAAGAUUACCAAAAGUAUGAUCCAAGUGCACUCUUGGAAAAAUCAUCAUGUGAUAAAAAAAUAAAAGAAAAAGGUAAUCAAGAUGAAAGUAUUAAACAGGAAAUCAAACGAUUACAAGAAUCACCUGAAGAUAAUCCUGUAUUAUAUUCAACAAACGACAAAGCAUAUGAUGCAAGUGACUUGAUUCCAUAUCUAAUGAAUUUAUUGAAGGACGGUCUAAGCUACAUUGGUAUAGAUAAGAUUUAUAAUUAUAUUCCAUUUUUACAAAAUAUAAUUAGCUUAGAAAAGUUUAGUGUAAUAGUCGCAUCGACUAUUUUAUUUAUUGGAGGACUAAUCCUUUAUUCUAUUUUGCAUAAGGUAAAAUAA